AUGUUUGCUGCCAACCAACAAGCAACAUCUCGGAAAUCCUUCUUGAUCGGUGGCAUUGUCGUCAUCGCCUUCAUCCUUCUCUUUGUCGUCGUGGUUGUUAGAACAAGGCCAGUUAGCCAACCUGAAACCAAGGGUGAUAAAUCUCUAUUAGAUGAUACCAACAAAUCGGCUUCCAAAUUGCAUUAUGGGAUAGUUAUUGACUGCGGAAGCAGCGGCAGUCGCAUCUACGUCUAUUACUGGCCCCCACAUUCUGGAAAACCUGGUGAGCUGCUCAACAUCCAACAGCUACGAGAUGGUGUCGGAAACUUAGUUGUGAAGAAAGUCGCACCUGCUGGAAUAUUGCUGAGUGCAGAGGAUACUCCACAUGACGCCAGUGACCACAUAGCUAAACUUCUCCAGUAUGCAUCUCAGUACAUCCCCAAGGAACACCACAAGGAGACGCCAUUGUACAUUCUGGCAACUGCUGGCAUGAGGAUGAUACCGGAAAGAGCUCAAAAGGCCAUCUUGACGGACUUGUUAACAGACAUCCCCAAGCUGUUUGACUUCCAGGUGGCUGAGAACCACUUUGAGGUGAUCAGUGGUAAGCUGGAAGGAGUGUAUGCUUGGAUCGCUGUCAACUAUGUCCUCAACAAGUUUUCCCAUGGCCCAGAAGACCAUGCUCUGGUCAGUGUGAAGCUGCCAGGUCAAGGCGGGAAGACCCAUCUGCGUAGACGGACAGUCGGCAUGAUCGACAUGGGGGGAGGGUCAGUGCAGAUAGCUUUUGAAGUUCUCAAUGAGAGGGAAGAGCUGCCCAAGCACCUGAUUGCAGAAGUGAACCUAGGCUGUCAAGACUCGGACACAGAACACAUAUACCGGGUGUAUGUGACCACCUUCCUCGGAUACGGAGCCAACUCCGCUCGGGAGAGAUAUGAGGAGAAGCUACUGAAAGAGGGUGCCAAAUUAGGAGACAGUAGACCUGGCCAGAACGCGAGCUACCCAGUUCUAGAUCCAUGCCUCCCUCAGUCAAUGCCGCUGGAGAGUGAAGAUGACAAGAGUGUGAAGCACUACUUCAAGGGCACUGGCAGCUACGAUGAGUGUCGGACAGCCCUCAAGCCCCUCCUCAACCUCACUGUCCCCUGUCCACAGGAACCCUGCUCUAUGAACGGCGUCAGUCAGCCCUUGAUUGACCACGCACGUUCCAGCUUCUAUGGCUUCUCCGAGUUCUGGUACACCAUGGAAGAUGUUUAUCGUAAAGGCGGCAAUUACAGCAGUACAGUUUUCAAUAAAUAUUCUUCAGAGUUUUGUGGCUCAAGUUGGUCUCAAUUAUCUAAAUGGUACGAACAGCAUUUGUACCCAAAGGCUGAUGACGCUAGAUUCAAAUACCAGUGUUUCAAGUCAGCGUGGCUAUCCACGGUCUUCCACAAUGGUUUCAAGUUUCCUGAUGAGUACAGGAAUCUGAAAUCUGCUCAACUGAUCAAUAACAAAGAUGUUCAAUGGACAUUAGGAGCUCUCAUCUACAGGACACGGUACAUCCCUCUCAGGGACAUAGAAAAGCAUCAGUUGGAGUACCAAACUGGGCACAAGCCAUCCUCGUUCCGUAUGUCCAGACUGUUCUACAACGAGUACCUCAUCCUUGUGUGUUUCUUCAUCGUCCUCGCCUCCAUCGUGCUUUACAUGCAGAGACUGAGACUGUGUCCCAAGGGGAAGGACAUCCGUCGUGUCCCAUCCAUGUCCUACUUCCUGACAGAGGAGGACCAGAUGGAACAGGGAAAGAAGAGCUACGUUUACUUGUGAUGUCCUCUCAUGUUAGGCAGUCAAUGAAGGACAUCCGCCGUGUCCCAUCCAUGUCCUACUUCCUGACGGAGGAGGACCAGAUGGAACAGGGAAAGAAGAGCUACGUCUACUUGUGAUGUCCUCUCAUGUUAGGCAGGCAAUGAAG